UGUUUCCACCCUCAGAUUCCUCAGAGGACGGCAUCCAUCGCUACAGCUCUCAACACCAACCUGUCCUCUGGCAUACGGCAUCCAGUCAGAGCCAGCAAUCCAGAUCUGAGCCGUAAUGAUCGCUGGGAGAGAGGAGACAGCAUGAGCAUCAUAUCCAACCUGCCCCAGACUGGCUCUCUAGAGAGGCAUCGCAUCCUCAGCACCUCCAAAAUGGACUCACCCAUCCUCUCCCACGAUAGUCGUCAUAAGCCGGGGGAGUCUCGCACCUCCUCUCGCCCAGGGCGCCCUGCUAGUUACAAGAGAGCUAUAGGGGAGGACCACGGCCUCUUUGCCAAGGAGCGUACCGAGGAGCAGCCGAGACCCCCGGUCAAGGCCAACGACUACUCCUCGUCCUCCGAGAGCAGCGAGAGCAGUGAGGAAAGCGAGAGCGGGGAGGGUGUUGAAGAGGAAGAGAGCCCGACUGAUCGUCAAAGGGACGCAGACACAGAUUCAGUAAACACCAUGGUGGUGCAUGAAGACGAAGGCGAGGUGGGUGAGGGGGAGCAGGCUGGAGGCUACGGGGAUCAGACCAUGCUGGUGCAGAGGACCCCAGAGAAGCGGAGUCAUAAUGGGUACACUAACUUGCCAGAUGUGGUUCAGCCCUCCCACUCCCCCACGGAUUCAGCCUCCCACUCCUCCCCCGGGAAGGACUCUGUUUAUGAUUAUCAGUCCAGAGGUUUGGUUAAAGCAUCUGGAAAGUCCUCCUUCACAACCUUUGUGGAUCUUGGCAUGUACCAGUCACCAGGAAGUACAGGGGAUACCAUCUCUGUCACUGGCUCGAGGUUUGAGCAGCUGAAGAUGGAGGUGAGGAAAGGAUCCAUGGUGAAUGUAAAUCCAACCAACACACGCCCCCCCAACGACACACCUGAGAUCCGCAAGUACAAGAAGAGGUUCAACUCUGAGAUCCUGUGUGCUGCGCUCUGGGGUGUGAACCUCCUGGUGGGCACAGAGAACGGUUUGAAGCUGCUGGACCGCAGUGGUCAGGGCAAGGUUUACCCCCUCAUCAACUCUCGCAGGUUCCAACAGAUGGACGUCCUGGAGGGCCUCAACCUGCUCAUCACAAUAUCAGGCAAGAAAAACAAAGUGCGUGUCUACUACCUCGCCUGGCUGAGGAACAAGAUCCUCCACAACGACCCCGAGGUGGAGAAGAAGCAAGGCUGGACCACUGUGGGGGAGAUGGAGGGCUGUGUGCACUACAAAGUGGUGAAAUACGAGAGGAUAAAGUUCCUGGUGAUUGCUUUGAAGAAUGCAGUGGAGGUGUACGCUUGGGCGCCCAAACCUUAUCACAAAUUCAUGGCCUUCAAGUCUUUUGCUGACCUGCCUCACCGGCCGGUCCUGGUGGACCUGACAGUGGAGGAGGGUCAGAGGUUGAAAGUCAUUUAUGGUUCUUGUGCUGGCUUUCAUGCCAUCGACGUGGACUCUGGAAACAACUAUGACAUCUACAUACCUGUUCAUAUCCAGAGCCAUGUGAUGCCUCACGCGAUAGUCUUCCUGCCCAGCUCAGACGGCAUGGAGAUGCUGCUCUGCUACGAGGACGAAGGCGUCUACGUCAACACCUACGGACGAAUCAUCAAGGACGUGGUGCUGCAGUGGGGCGAGAUGCCCACAUCUGUUGCUCAUAUCUGCUCUAACCAGAUCAUGGGAUGGGGGGAAAAGGCCAUUGAGAUCCGCUCCGUAGAGACCGGCCACCUGGAUGGUGUCUUCAUGCACAAAAGAGCCCAAAGGCUGAAGUUUCUUUGUGAGAGAAAUGACAAG